UCUCGACUCUCCGUAGACAGAAUAUCUUCUAUCUACGAGUACAACUCUUAUGACACAGACUACCAGUUGGCACUUGGCAGUUUCUACUUGAAAGUUGAAACUUAAUUCUUUACUAUUUAUUUUUAAUUAGAAUGUUAUGAUUUUGGUGACUCUUGUUAUCUUUAAAAUUGUAAAUGUUGCGUGAAGUUUAUUCGUUUGUUUUAAAGCUUUAAUGCAAUGAGUUUUAAUAUAUAAAUAUUUUUAUAUUCGGAAACCUAAUCACUAGUCAUAUCCACAACAUCCCUUUAUAAUUCACUCAGUUGAAUUUAAUAUACUACCUGUUUUGGUGAAAUAAAUUAAAUGAUAAUUGAUAAUGAAUUCAAAAGAGUUGACACAUCACAGAAGCCCAGUUUUCACAAUUCAAGAAGUCGAGCUUUUACUAAGCCUUGUUGAAAAGUAUAAGUCUAUAAUAUUAAAUAGAAGCACAGUGUCGACGUCAUUACAAGUUAAAGAAGCUACUUGGGGCAGACUUGCUAAAAUAUUCAAUUCAGCAAACUUGGGAUAUGAAAGGCCUGCUGAAACUCUUCAAAUGAAGUGGGCAAACCUAAAAAGAAAUGCAAGGAGAGUAUCACUAAAUGUUACGGAAGACGCAGAAAUGGAUAUUAUAUCAAAAAAAGUCUCUGCCCUUGUAAAUGAAGCUGAGAAUAAUACUGAACCUCUAGAUGCUUCUGUAAUCUUGAGUGAAGAAUCAGAGAAUGGUGAUGUUGAGAAUCAUCUUGGUGAUAGUUCGAUGAUGUCCGAUUCACAAUCUGAUACAAGUGAAACAGAAAAAGAAAGGAGGCAUAGGGAUGCUAAUUUUAGCCCAAACGAAUGUUGUCUACUCUUCAAAUGUGUUAAGGAGGAGUUGAAUGUAUUGAUGUGCAAGGAUAUUAAAAAGGAGGCUAAUCAACAGAAGAAAAUGGCGUGGUCAAGAGUGACUGAAAAUUUUAACAAACUUAGUCCUACGAAGCGAAGUGAACAAGUAUUAAAAAAUAAAUUAAAUAAUAUGAAGAAAAUUGUGAAGAGAAUUGGUUUGAAAAAUUAUAUCAACCGAUAUGCGAAAGUCGAGAAUGCUAUUGAUCAAAUUAAGAAUACUCCAAUUGCAAGAGAUAUAGAUGAGGAAGUUCAUAUAAAAGCGGAACCAUUAGACGUGGGACAUAUUGGGAGUGCAGACUACUGCUUAGAUAGAGAAGAGACAGAGAUUCUACGGAAGAGUCCGCCUCCACAUGACUCGUAUGAAGACCUGGAUCCGUUGAACAUGGUGAUAAAUGGAGACUCGGGAUCAGGUUUCACAGAUGUGUGGCAUGAUGGUGAUACCAAGGAUAUAGUUAAAAUGAAAUUGGAUCUGCUAAAAUAUGAAAUGGAAACUGCAAAGCUCAAGAGACAAAGAAUAGAAGAGGCAUUAAAAGCAGAUAUGGCGGACAGAGAACAAAGAUCACUAGAAGCGGCACUGCGCCUUCGUGCUGCGAGGCUGGAAGUAGUGGCCGCGGAGGCGAAACUACCGCAGUCACAUCCAGCGCUCAAAUACACAGAGCGAGAGACAACAGCGAGAGAGUAUAUACAGAAGUUGGAUAAUACCUAGACAUAACGUUUUAUGUGUGUGUCUAUUUUUAUACUGAAAUAAAACACAGAAUAAGGUGUAAUAUUGCGGUGAGUGCGGGCCAAUAGAACUUCGUUUGUUCGUCGGGAGUUCAUUUUAUUUAUUUAUUGCUCCAUUUGGAUUUUAAUAAUCGAAAUAAUAUUGAUAAAUAUACAUUUCUUUAAACAAUUUUUUGUUAUACUUCAUUAUUAUGUAAUAUUUCAUUUCUUUACUGUAUUUGGUGAAUGUUGUGUACAGUUUAAAUUAAGCUGUACUUGUUAUAAGAAUAUUGUUUUAUCCUGUUACAUAUGUGUUAUUGUACCUAAUUGGAAAAAUAAAAUCAGGCAUCGAACGAGUACUGUACUGUACUGUACGAGUGCAAACGUUCCUUAAUCAAUCGUUAUCGUUAAAUUACACAGAUUAAAUUUAUGAACGAUGCGGGACUCGAACCCGCGACCUCUCGCGUUCCGAGCGAGUUAACUGUAAUUAUUUAUAAGUAGAUAAAUAAAUAAAUUGUUUUUAUAUCUGUA